ACAGUUUGUUCUCUCAUCAGAAACUGAUUAAUUUAAUUAAUAUUAAAAUUGUUCCAUAAUGACGGUGACCUACACCUCCAGUGUGAGCACUUCGAGUGUUGUGAGCAAUUUCCUUGGCUUGCUGGUCAGGUGGCGCGGCAGUAUCUACAAGUUGGUGUGGCGGGAUCUGUUGAUGUUCUUAGGAAUGUACACCAUGCUGGCCAUAAUCUAUCGCCUACUAAUUAAUGAAGAGGCAAAAAAGUUAUUUGAGGCAAUUGCUCUUUAUUGCGGAAAUAAUACCUCACUCAUUCCGCUGUCCUUUGUGCUGGGAUUUUACGUCUCAAUUGUGAUGAAGCGCUGGUGGGAGCAAUAUACCACCAUUCCCUGGCCGGAUCCCAUUGCCAUUUUGGUCACCACCAGUAUCCAUGGCUUUGACGAUCGAGCCAGGGCCAUGAGGCGAACGAUCCUGAGAUACGUGUGCUUGUGCCAGGUGAUUGUCUUCACCAUGAUCUCUCCGCGCGUGAAGCGGCGCUUUCCCACCUAUGACCAGAUAAUUGAGGCUGGCUUCUUGCUGGAGAACGAAAAGAGCAUUAUAGACAACCUGGACUUGGCCUUUCCCCAUUAUCCGAAGCACUGGAUGCCUAUUGUCUGGGCGGCCAGUAUUGUGAUGCGGGCCAGGAGGGAGAACAAAAUCCGGGACGAUUACGCCGUAAAGUCCAUCAUCGAUGAGCUGAACAAGUUCCGCGGUUACUGCGGCUUCCUGCUGUACUACGACUGGGUCAGUGUCCCGCUGGUGUACACCCAGGUGGUAACCCUGGCCGUCUACUUUUUCUUCCUGUUCAGCGUACUGGGACAGCAGUGGACAGAGCAGAAGGAGGAAGAGGAUGGAUUUAGUGUGGUCAAGUGGUUCCCGAUCCUCACCAUCCUUCAGUUUUUCUUCUACAUGGGCUGGCUCAAGGUGGCCGAGAGCCUGAUCAAUCCCUUUGGAGGGGACGACGACGACUUUGAGCUCAACUGGAUUAUCGAUCGAAAUAUUACGGUUUCGUACUUUAUUGUGGAUGGGAUGCAUCAGGAACAUCCCGAGCUGGUCAAGGAUCAGUACUGGGAUGAGGUCUUCCCCAAUGAACUGCCGUACACUGUGCAGGGCAUGCGAACCAAUCCGCCAGAGGCCUCGACUGCCAACAUGGAACCCGCAAAGGCCCCGAAACGUCGUGGAUCUCUUUUGUCCACCCCACCCAGUGGUGUUCGUUUGCCGGAUUUAAAUAAUUCCUUCCUGGGCAGACUCUCCGUCAGCAGAAGCUACACGGACUCGUAUACCGUGCAGGAGACUCCUUCCCAAGUUACCUUUAGUGGUCGGUCUACUGUAUCGGAACGAACUGACAUUCAAAGUUCAGUCGGAACUUCGCAAUCCACAAUUGAUUUCAAUGAGCUUAUUGAGCAGCGUCGUCGGGAGCGAAGGGACCGAAUGCGUCACCGCUUCCUAGACAUAAAGACCACCCAGCUGCUAUACGAUCCCUCUGGAACACCCUACAAGAUCACCGUGCUGCGUCCUCCGUCCGAGGAAGUUAUUCCGGAGGAGGAAAAUGAGACUUCCGAAGCGAACACGCCAAGGCCGAAGAAGUCAGAUUAA